AAUGGAAGAAGAGGACUCUAAAUUCUACAGCUUUCUUUAUGAAGGGAAAUAAUGAGAGAGAAAGGGGUCGACAACUGAAGGACAGAGAAGAAAGCUUUAAGUCAUUUUAUCUAUUUCAAGAAUGCCACUGAACCCUCAAAGACCUAGGAACCCCUUGACAGACAGCAGGUAAAACGAAAGAAAAACAAGCCUCGCUUCCGUCCAACUCCUCGCUUACUUCCCAGUCUCUUUGCAAUUGAAGGGAAUGAGGAAGGUAGCGGGAAGAGGCGAGCACGUGAUAUUUCAAACCAAUGGAAAAGCCGCCUCCCAUCUGAAGCUCAUUGGCUCAUCUUUCUUCGUAUUAUGUGAUGCGUCCUUGCACAGUUAGGGCUGUCGUUAAGGAAAUCGUUGGCGGUGUUGCGGAAAGUCGUCGGGUGGCGCGCGCCGCCUAUCCAGAGGAGAGCCCUGAUUGGACAGGGAGGGGAGCUGACGUCCUUGUGGGGGCCUAGGAGCUGCCCUCUUCUCCCGGUUGGACUAGGAAUCCCCUUUCUGUGUAUACCAGCGGGCUUUCAGUAUUUUACGAACAUUGUUGUGUAGGAUAGCACAAGAGGAAGCAGACGAAAUAAUUAUACCGUAUUUGUAUAAUCCUACUGUGUUUUCUCCAAGAACGGGUUACUCCCUUAAGUAGUCUCAGUAAGCACAACACGUCUGCUUCAGUGUAUAUCUAAAAAAGAGGAGUCUUUUGGUACCUGUGAAAACGUAACAAAAGUUUCAUUCCAUCAUAAGGUUCUGCGAACUAGCGUCCACUUUCGGUGCAAACGAGUAACAGCUAUCCCUCAGCAGUUCCACCGAGUUCAGUUGGAUAUUCCUAGAUUUUUAAUUUCUUAUUAUCAAAUGGCAGCAGAAGCUUCAAGAGAUCAGAAUCAGAACCAAAAUGCAACGCCCAGACAGUAUCAAACAGAGAAGCUCCCAAGAACUACCCCUGUACAGAAAAAUACAUUUGGAGGUGAUCAGUCAAUGGAGUCCUGGCUGACAGAUGAAAGCAUAUUAUCUCCUUUGCUUAUUGAAUAUGAUAAACAUUUGGAAGAAAUGAGUGGACAACUGCGAUACUGUCAGGGACAGAUGGGUGAAAUGAAAUUAAAACUUGGACAAGUCACCAAGGAAAAUGAAAGGUUACAUGCAGAAUUGAAAGAGGUUGUUGAAAAGCAGUUAGAGGCUUUGCCAUCUGGUUCUCCUUCAGGAGAUGUUAUUUUUAUGGAUGAAAACUUAGUAGGAAACUUUCAAGAACAGUUACAGCUUGCAAAUAAAGAAAAGGACCAUGCACUAGAACUUUGGCAUGCAGCAUCAGAAGAACUGGAGCAACUUAAGCAGACAUUCCAUAAACAAAUGACAGAAGCACAAAUCCGUUUUGCAGAAAACCAGAAACAAAAAGGUCAAUUGACAAGCUUUCAGCAACUAACAAAGCAACUGCAUUUAGCCAAUGAAAAAACUGAGUCAAUUAAUCAAAUAUUUCUAAAGACUGUAAAGGAACAGAAUGUAGAACUGGAACAGCUGCGUAAGCAACUCAGGCAAUCCAAAUUUGACUUGAGAACUGCUGUUGCAAAGGUUGAUGAAAUGACCAGGCUAACUGAGGACUUUCAGAACCAGAUGGACAAAAAGGAAGAAGAUGUGCGAGCUGCUCGAGAAAAAGAGGUAGCAUCAGAUAAACGUUUGCAGCAAUUGCAGUCGAGCAUAAAACAACUGGAAACAAGGUUAUCUGUAAUGACCAAAAAUUCUGAAGAGUUAAGAGCAGAAAGAACAAUCCUAAAAAAGGAAAUCUCAGAGCUACACAUGAAAUGUGCUGCUCUAGAACAGGAAAAAUAUGAUGCUGUAAUUAAGGUCCAUGAAAGCAUGCAGCUCUUAGAAGAAGCCAAUUUGCAAAAGAGUCAGGCGAUGGUAGCUGAGAAACAAAAAGAAGAGGAAAUUGCCAAUAUGAAGGAAGCCGUUUCUCAACUAUGGCAAGAUGCUGCAUCAAGAACUAGAAAAGAAGUAGAAAAUGAAAGGAAAAGAUGCAAUAUACAGAUUUCUCGAUUAACAGAAGAACUUUCAAUACUUCAAAUGGAAUGUGGAGAUAAGCAGGCUCAAAUUGAGCGGGCUGUUAGAGAAAAACGAGCUGUAGAAGAAGAACUUGAGAAAGUAUACCGUGAAAGUAGAGGAAAUGAAGGUGAUUAUAGAAAACUAGAAGAACUUCACCAAAGGUGCCUGACAGCUGAACGUGCAAAAGAUGAUCUUCAGCUAAGUCUGAAAACAGCACAAAACAAAAUAAGGCAACUGGAGAUGAAUCAUGAAGAAGAGCUAGGUCGUUGCCAGGAAAUGAUUAGAAAGUUGCAAAGUAUUCUGGAUUCUGAAAGAGAGAACUGUGGCUCAGUCAGUGAAGAACGGUUAAAACUCCAGCAAGCAAAUGAACGUUUGCAAAAAGAAAUUGAGGACUUGAGAAAGCUCGCCAUGGAAGCACAGCAAACUGCAAAAUUAAAGAUCAGCACAAUGGAGAAUGAACUGUUAAUAAAAGAACAUGGGUAUGAAGUUCGACUGAAAGAGAUGGAAGAUGUGAAUCAAAACUCCACUGCUGAUCUGAGACACCUGUUGAUGGCCCAACAGAAAGCAACAAACCGGUGGAAAGAGGAAACAAAGAGACUUACAGAAAACACUGAAACCAGAAUAAAUAAUUUAAAAAGUGAGCUGAGUCACCAGAAAAUCCACUCACAGGAGUUACUGUGCCAGCUGGAAAGAGCAAAUGAAAAGAUCAUAGAGAAUGAAAAAUUAAUGAUGGAACAUCAAGAAAAAGUCAACAGACUUCAAAGACGGCUAAGCCAGGCAGAAGAGAGGGCAGCUACAGCAUCUCAACAGCUCAGUACAAUUAACAUGCAGAGAAAAAAAGCUGCCUCCUUGAUAGAGUUGGAAAACAUUUAAACAUGAUGUACUUCUCUUUUGUACAAUUCCCAAGUUAAGGCUGUUGAAGAAGAAUAGCGUUGGAACAUUAAGACCUAUCAUGCACAAAGUGUUCAAGUUUUUGGAGCAAUUUUAUGUUGCUUGAAUUUGGAAAGACAGAGAUUAUGGCUGCUUCACACACAACCCCUCCCUGCAGAAAUUCACAAUGAAUUAUACAAAGCCAGAAAGGAAGCUGGCUUCUCUUUCUCAGCGUAUGAAACUAAACAUGUCAUUGCAUAAUGUUUUCUCUUCCUUACUUUUAAAGUGGUAAGUCAGAAUACUUGCUGCUGGACUGAAAGCUUUUUUAUUGUACAACUGGCUUGUCUGUUUCACAUAAUUUGUCAACUAUAAAUUAUGGUGUCUUUUAAACUGA